AUGGUUCACUUUCUUACACACUAUGCUGACAAGAUUGAAUCUGUCCAUUUUUCAGACCAGUUCUCUGGUCCAAAGAUUAUGCAAGAGGAGGGUCAGCCUUUAAAGCUGCCUGACACUAAGAGGACACUACUGUUUACAUUUAAUGUGCCUGGCUCAGGUAACACGUACCCAAAGGAUAUGGAGGCUUUGCUACCCCUGAUGAACAUGGUGAUUUAUUCUAUUGACAAAGCCAAAAAGUUCCGACUCAACAGAGAAGGUAAACAGAAAGCAGAUAAGAACCGUGCGAGAGUGGAAGAGAACUUCUUGAAGCUGACACACGUGCAGAGACAGGAGGCUGCACAGUCUCGGCGUGAGGAGAAGAAAAGGGCCGAGAAGGAGCGGAUCAUGAAUGAGGAAGACCCUGAGAAGCAGCGCAGGCUGGAGGAAGCUGCUUUGAGGAGAGAACAAAAGAAGUUGGAGAAGAAGCAAAUGAAAAUGAAACAAAUCAAAGUGAAAGCCAUGUAAAGUCACCCCAGAGGUCUCCGUCCAUGUCACCUGUAAGAUCUGCGUCCACAGGAAACGGGAAAAGCACGAACCUUUUCUCCCUUAAAGUCCACAUAGUCCUGGUGACUGAGAGUCCUUAUUUCACCCCCUCCUCUUGGUUUGGAGUUCUACAGAGGUUGUAGAUAUAUUGAAAGGGCUUUCAGUUAUUUCCUUCCAGGUAAUCAAAUCAGUUUGUUUUAUAAAAGAAUGGUAUAUAAAGUAUGUGUAGUUUUAAAAUAUUUUUAAAUUAUAACGUGGAUCAUCAGUGCUUUACUUUGGUGUUUGAAGAACAAUCAUGAAAUUUCUAGAUAGGUUGUUGCUUUUUGUUUAAACUGGGCAAUUGGAGACUGACUCUAAACCAAGAUCCCCAGAGUUUCUAUUGGAAUUGCACAAUAAACAUUGCUUGUUGUUGUUUCUGUGUCCACAUUA